CUUCCGCUGACCUGUUGUCCAGCCCGCCCGCUGCCGAGAUGACCCCAAAGUUGUCCGACCCGCCUGCCACUAACGGGACCGUCCAGCCGUUCACCCCGCCCGCCGCGAAGGUGACCCCCGAGCUGUCCGACCCGCCCGACUCUGACGGCACCGCCCAGCUGUCCAGCCCGUCUGGCGGAAAGGUGACAUCCGAGCUGUCCGAACCGCCGGUUGCCAAGGUGACAUCCGAGCUGUCCGAACCGCCAGUUGCCAAGGUGACAUCCGAGCUGUCCGAACCGCUGGUUGCCAAGGUGACAUCCGAGCUGUCCGAACCACCGGUUGCCAAGGUGACAUCCAAGCUGUCCGAACCACCGGUUGCCAAGGUGACAUCCGAGCUGUCCGAACCACCGGUUGCCAAGGUGACAUCCGAGCUGUCCGAACCACCGGUUGCCAAGGUGACAUCCGAGCCACCGGUUGCCAAGGUGAAACCCGAGCCGUCGGUUGCCAAGGUGACAUCCGAACCGUCGGUUGCCAAGGUUACACCGGUACCCGAGCCGUCGGUUGCCAAGGUGACAUCCGAGCCGCCGGUUGCCAAGGUUACACCCGAGCCGUCGGUUGCCAAGGUAAAAACAGAGCCAUCCAAUCCUCCCGUUGCCAAGGUGACCUCCGAGCUGUCCAUCUCCGGCGGGACCGCCCAGCUGUCCAGCCCGCCCGCCGCUAACGGGACGCAUCAGCUGUACCAGGUGGUGCCGGUCGUGCAGAACGGCGUGCAGUGCCGCCUCCUCAUGCCGCUCAACAUGGUACCGUCCAUGCCAAAGGUCGUCACAGCGGGAGUCAAGGUGGUGCAGCAGCCAACUGUCCGAUCCCCCGUCGCGAGCUCCUCCUCUCAGCUGCCGGCCGGUAACAGUAAGUUCGUCCUGCAGCAGGUGAAGGUGGCGCAGCAGCCCGGCUCGACGGCGGCGUCGGGAACCUCGGCGGUGGUACACGUGCUCAGCCCCGCCGGCACCACAGCAGCGGCCGGUGGAGCCCGACCGGGGAAGGACGGGAAAGUCGCAUCGGUAGCGCCGGGAACAGUCAUCAGUAGUUCCGGAGGACAGAGUACGACUGGUGCCAUAGGGAAGGUGAUCGCCGUAACGCCGACCAUCGCUCCCGGGGGUAAGGUGGUUUUGCCGCCGGCGGCGCCCGUAACCACACCGGUAAAGCCCGGCAGCACCGUUAUCCAGGUACCUGGUACUUCCAUGGCGAGUCCCUCGGCUGUCUACAACAUCAUCAAAGUGACCCCUCCUCCCCCGGGCGGAACAUUAACGAUCGGUCCCAACACGCGGCUGGUGGUUGUGUCCGCGCCGUCCACGGGCGUGACGCAAAGCCUGGGCCCUCGGACCAGCGCGGCCCUCGGCAGCGUGGCUGUGGUAACACCCACCGUCAAAUCCACGACCUCGGCCAAGCCCACUAUCGUGAAGACGCACACGACCCUACCUGUUGGAAAGCCAAUGGUUGCUACGUCGGCGGGACAGCACAAGAUCGUGAUUGUGCCACAGACCACAGUCCCGGCACAAACAACUAACAUGAUCAUCCCACAUACCAGCACAGUCUCGGCCCAGGCGACAGCCAGAGUUGUUGUGCCAACCUCCGGCACUUCCACGGUCCCGGCCGCGCCCAAACACGUGUCCAUGGUCCAGCAGAACGAGAACGUCGUGCUGAUCAACGGGCAACCCUACAAGCUGGUGCCGUGCCCCACCACCACCCACAUCCCCGUGGACGCACUCAAGUCCACCGCCGCCGCCGCUACGGUCAGCUCUGCGGCGGUCCAGACCGCGGCUACCGUCAAGGUACCGAUCAGCUCGGCGGGCUCCAAGGCGUCAGCCCCCGCCAAGGUAACGGUCUCCUCCGUUCAUACGGUGGCUCCGACCACGGUGACGUUUAGCGCGGUUGUUGGCCAUGCCACUCAGACUCAAGUGACGGCAUCCAACAACACAGCCUUAACGCAGACCCAAGUGACCGCAUCUACCAGCACUGCUGGGGGCGUGACGUCAGUCUCGGAGGGAAGUUUAAGAACUGACGAGAGGUCAGGUUCGGAGACGGAGACCGCAUCCGAAGCCUCUCCUGUCGAAUCUAAGGAUCCGGAGAGUAGCGAGGCUGGAGAAGGGUCAGUGAAUCUGAAGAUUGACAGUGUUUACAGUCUCAAAGAUGCCUCCAAAGCUCCGGGUACUUCCCCAUGUAGACCCUCCAUCAGCGCACAGACCAUCACGCAGAAUAGCAGCGCAGCCAGCACCCUGAAAAAUAUCGCAAACAUCCACUCUGCCGUCGUCAAUACGCCCCAAAAGUACAUCGUUGUUUACCCCAACAAACCGGCCGUGCCCCCCUCCCCACCUCGCGCCUCAACACAGACUCCCGUCACCCAGACGGCAACGAAACGGUUGGAGCCCGCAGAAACCAAACCGGCGACGCCUCCCGCCUCCCCGAUAAAACGCCCGAAACCCGCGGAGAAACAGCCCUCCCCUAAAUCCGUGACCACCCCUAAAUCCGUGACGGAGAUGUACCACAGCUACGCCAAGGGCAAGGCGGAGACGCCCGAGCCCCCCGCCCCCCAGGUGAAACGCUCGGUCACAGCGCUGAUGGUGCGCACGACCCCCCUGGGGAAGUCCACCGUGUCCAUGGGGCAGGACCCCUCGGGCCCCCCUAGCCUGCCGCCCAGUAAGAUCUUCCGGUUGGAGCCGCCACGACCCAACGAGACCAUCCAGGACGAGCGGGUCCGGCGCCUGAAGGAGAUUCUGCGGGAGCGCGAGGCGGCCGUGGAGGAGCUCAGGAAGAGGAAAAAGACAUGA